AGUCAGGCGCGCGGAGAUGACGUAUUGCGGCGCCGGAAGCCGCUCCCCUCCGAGCUUGCGGAAUCCAAGUGGCGGCCGCGAGUCGGCGCCAUGGCUGCCGAAGGGGCCCGGCCGCUGCGAAGCUCCGCCGGCCCGCGGGCGCCCAGGCGGCGUGUGUCCGUCCCGAGGCCCCGGGUCCCGGAGCGCGCCCUCAGGUAAAUUUUUCCAUAACCUUAUGGAGAGAAAGGACUUUGAGACAUGGCUUGAUAACAUUUCUGUUACAUUUCUUUCUCUGACGGACUUGCAGAAAAAUGAAAGUCUGGAUCACCUGAUUAGUCUGAGUGGAGCAAUCCAGCUCAGGCAUCUCUCCAAUAACCUAGAGACUCUGCUCAAGCGAGACUUCCUCAAACUUCUUCCUCUGGAACUCAGUUUUUAUUUGUUAAAAUGGCUCGAUCCUCAGACCUUACUCACAUGUUGCCUCGUCUCUAAGCAGUGGAAUAAGGUUAUAAGUGCCUGUACAGAGGUAUGGCAGACUGCCUGUAGAAACUUGGGCUGGCAGAUAGAUGAUUCCGUUCAGGACGCUUUGCAUUGGAAGAAAGUUUAUUUGAAGGCAAUUUUGAGAAUGAAGCAAUUGAAGGACCAUGAAGCCUUUGAGACCUCAUCGUUAAUUGGACACAGUGCCAGAGUAUAUGCACUUUACUACAAGGAUGGACUUCUCUGUACAGGGUCAGAUGACUUGUCUGCAAAACUCUGGGAUGUGAGCACAGGACAGUGUAUAUAUGGCAUACAGACUCACACUUGUGCUGCUGUGAAGUUUGAUGAACAGAAACUUGUAACAGGAUCCUUUGAUAACACAGUAGCCUGUUGGGAAUGGAGUUCAGGAGCCCGAACCCAACACUUCCGAGGACACACAGGUGCAGUGUUCAGCGUGGACUACAAUGAUGAGCUUGAUCUCUUGGUGAGUGGUUCUGCGGACUUCACUGUGAAAGUAUGGGCCUUAUCAACGGGGACAUGCCUAAACACACUCACAGGACAUACUGAAUGGGUAACCAAGGUGGUUUUACAGAAGUGCAAGGUCAAGUCUCUGUUGCACAGCCCUGGAGAUCACAUUCUCCUUAGUGCAGACAAGUAUGAAAUCAAGAUUUGGCCAAUUGGAAGAGAAAUCAACUGCAAAUGCUUAAAAACAUUGUCUGUGUCUGAGGAUCGAAGUAUCUGUUUGCAGCCCAGACUCCAUUUUGAUGGCAAAUACAUUGUAUGUAGUUCAGCCCUAGGACUUUAUCAGUGGGAUUUUGCCAGCUAUGAUAUUCUCAGGGUUAUCAAGACUCCAGAGUUAGCAAAUUUGGCAUUACUUGGCUUUGGAGACAUCUUUGCCCUGUUGUUUGACAACCGAUAUCUAUACAUCAUGGACUUAAGGACAGAGAACCUGAUCAGCCGUUGGCCCCUGCCUGAGUACAGGAAGUCAAAGAGGGGCUCAAGUUUCUUGGCAGGUGAAAUGUCAUGGCUGAAUGGACUAGAUGGGCAGAAUGAUAUGGGUUUGGUUUUUGCCACCAGUAUGCCUGACCACAGUAUUCACUUGGUGUUAUGGAAGGAACAUGGCUGAAGAUAUGGACAACAGCUAAAAUAAAUGACUUUGGGUGCUGAGGCUGCUUGUCCUAAUGCAGCCUCUGUGGGAGCCGAUUUUGCAUGAACCAAAGUUCACACCUAAUGGUAUCGUCAUGCAGUGCACAAUCAUUUAUUUUCCUGGGUGGGGAGUGAUGGGGGGUGGGAUGAAAGGUGGGGGGAAAGGGAUUAUUUUAUUGACAUAAUGCAACGCAGCAUGCUAACAGUCUACACCAUUGAAACUCAUUUGUACUUAGUUAUGCUUGUCAUUAUAAAAGAACAAAUUUUGGGCCUAUCUUUCUUGACUGGAGUAUUGGUUUUAAAGUAAAGCAAGUUAAAUGGUUUACAGAUGUGCUAAUAAUUGAUGAAAUCCCAGUGGGUGAUUAAAGAUUUUUUGCCCUGGUCUUUUUUUUUUCCUGCUUUAAGGUAGAAGGCAGAUCUAUUUUGGAACUCAUAAAACAUUAAAGCAAAAGGUACCUUCCUGAUAUUCUAAUAUAGACCCAGAGAAAAGAAAGGAUGUGCUCCGUACUAUUCCAAAAGCUUCACUCAUAUGGAGCUUGCAUUUUAUAGGAGCCAUAGUUAGAAAGACCACUAAUUCCCUGUGAUUUCCAUGAAGUCUACAGAUGUUAUCAGUUUCCAUGAUAAUUUGUCAUUCUUUGUUGAUAUUUAUUCAUGAGAGAUAGAUCAGCCAUAGAGACAUUUUAAUAUAUAGGAAGUAUUUAGGAAAUGUUGGGAGAAAAAAAUGACCAAUUUUUUUGAUUGAUGCCAGCUUUUAAAAUCUAUCCUCUCAUUCACCCCAUUAUUUUAACAAACAUAGCUCACUAUGUCCAUUACAUUAUUCUAAGUGUUGGGAAGGAUAAAGAAGUAAGAGAUGGUUCUUGUCAUCAUAGAACCUAAUAGGGGGAGGUCAGAUAUGUACACAGAUAAAGAUAAUUUAGAAUGUGCUAAGUAUAUAAUAAGGAGUACAAAGAAUUGUGAAAUCAUGAGGGAGAAAUUGCUUCCAGAUAAAGUAACCACAGAGAGCUUCAUUGAAGAGGUAAUAUUUAAACUAGUAAAACAUGAUUUAAGGUUAAUUUAAGACAGGAAAGAAAAUAGUGUUGGGACCUAAGUAAUAUCCAUGGUUUUGAGCUAAUUAUAAUUUUACCUCUAGCUUUUCCUUCUUCCUAUUGACCAUGUUAAAAAAAUAUUCAUUUUUACAGUUGGGGAAACUGUAAAGGCCAUUGCCUUCAAGUAUCUUUAUUCUACUAGGAACGCUAUGAAAUUAGAAUGCAAAUUAGAAUAUGAAAUGUGUUAGAGAAACAUAAAAAUAAAUGCCCUUAGAUUUCACAAGAAAUCAGGUUUGGGCUGGCAGAAUCAAGCAUAACUAACAGGGAAGAGUUAUAUUUGAUCCAAGUCUUGAAGACAAGUAGGAUUUUAGCCGAUGUGGAGAUUUGGCAGGAGGGGCAAGAUAUGUGUGAUAAAAAUGAAGGGAAGAGAACACACUUAUUAAAUACCUCCUGUGUGCCAGGCACCGUGUUAAGCAUUUUACGAAUAUUUUUUCAUUUCGUUAUAAUUACAAAUAUCAUUUGAUUGAAUGGCAAAUAGAUCUGUUUGAGUGGAGCAAAAGCACUUGAAAGACAGUAUAAUGAGACAUUUGAAAAGAUUAUUUGAAGUCAAAUUGUGUGUUAUCUUUAAUUGCCAAGCUAUAGAGGUUGAACUUAAUUGGGUAAACAGUGGACAACCGCUGAAGGAUUUUUAUUUUUAAAAAAAAAUAUGGAAAUAACGGAAUUGUGCUUUAGGAUUACUCUGCCUUUGAUGCAGAGACGGGGAGACUGAUCAAAAGCCUGUUCUAAUUGUCCAGACUAGAGGUAAUGAAGGCUUCACUUAGAGUGAUGAUAGUGGAACUAUAGAGAAAGGGGCAUGUGCAAGAUGUCACAUGAGAAGAUAAUACUCUGUGUUUUUCCUACCAGAGUGUCAUGUUUAUAUUUUAUGUUGAGUCAAUAGCCAUGUUUAUUGAGUAGGGGAGUUGCACAGUCAGGCCUGGACUUGUAAAGGGAAAUCACUUUAGUAGCUUGUAAGUAAUAAAGUUGGAUAAAACAAGUUUCUUCCAAUAUGCCCAUUUAUGAAUCAGAUAUGCUACAAAAGGAAAAGAAUAUUAAAUCUAAUAAUCUGGCCUUGGGAAAUCUUAGCUUGACAAAUUAGCAUGGGGCUAGAAAUGACAACAAAACUAAACUAACCCAUAUGAGAGUUGUAUUCUUGUCCCUAUAACUUGCUUUUUAAGCACAUUUUAAUUUUUAUGCUAUUUCCUAUUGUAACUAAGAGCUGGACUUUACCCCCGUUUUGUUCAUUGUAGUGAUGGGUAAAGUUAUAACCUCAUUAACUGUAAAAGAGUCACUUCUUAAAUAAUUAGAAGAUUUUACAUCUUAAUGAUUUGUAGCAAGUGAUUUAUCAUCUUGGAAACUUGUUGGAAAGGUACCUCUUAUAUCCUACUUUUUCAUAAAAGCUUUCCACAACUUUAUUGCUGUGAGCAGUACAGGCUUCUUCCUUUCACAGUAGAAACAAGGAAAAGGAGGCCUCAGAAAGAAAAGGUAAAGGCCACUGGAAAUUUAAAAAGAUGAUUCUCAGAACAUUUGACUAAGGAACCCUGACUAGUUCUUCCUGUUCCUGCUCAGUACCUCAAUUGAACGAUUUAGCUAAAUACAGGUAGGAAAAUGUGUUAUUGCCUGGGGUUUUCUAUCUGAUCUCACAUCUUUGUCUAGAACUCAAAAGAUAGUUUCCUUGUACAAAAUCAUCUUUUCUGGAUUCAGUCCUGUGCACAAGAAAAUGAACUCUUUCAUGGUUUACAAAAUAGCUUUUCACAAAGAGCUAUUGGCCCAAGUUCAAUAACUUUCAUUUGAUAGUGAUUAGGCACAGACUAGUCACUUAAAAUGAAAGGAUACUCCUUUUGGGUUUUAAAUUCAUAACAUAGAUCUUGAGUUGGAAGAGACUAAUUGGAUAUCCAGACCAAGGUCUUCAUUUGAGUCUCUGAUUAUAACUUGCUCCAAGACAUAUUAGUGAUUCAAUACACUUCUAGUUUUUAAAUGCAAGCUGUGGCUUGAGAUGCAAGAAUGCUGAUAGAUCUAUGUAUAUCCUGUGUAAUGGUGUCCCAAAUAAUUCCAAGAUAAUAUUGUUAAUAGAUUGUAUAAUAGAAAUUUAAGUCACAUAAAAUCCAAUUGUAAUGUUCCUUUAGAUGUUGGUUGCUUUUCCUGUCUGUCCUUAGGGAACUGCUAUCCAAUCUUUUCAGUGAAAGUAAUGAGUCCGGAAAAUCAAAAUUCAAUCUAAGGAAUUAAAUCAGUCAGCAGCACAGUAGGUGAUAGGGACUUUGCCUGAUGACAUAAACUGUUCCUCCCCUUUCCAUUUCAGCUCCUCUCCAACCUCUUUGAGAAGGAGAAAUAUGCCCCUCCUUAUGUGGAAGAGUAAGCUUCUUUCAUGCUCUUAGAGUGGUUUCCUAAUUCUUAUUUUGUAAGCUAAUUACAACAGACCUUUAUGCUCUAUAUAGUUUAACUACAGUAGUUUCCUUUGGAUAGUAAUAUGUUCACUUUGUGUUACUUUUUGUAUUUAAAAUUUGGAAAAAAAUCCAUUUCUUUAGCAGCUUCACUUCAUAUUAGUCCAAAUGAAUGAAUUUGUUUUUUAAUGAAAUCAUUCUAAUUUAUUUUAAAAUAACUAAAACAAUUAUGAAUCAAAAAUUUUGAAUUUAAAUUAUGAAUCAAAAUUUUUUUGAAACUUUAGCAAUACUUCUAAACAAACAGUUUAACUAACAGAAGGAAAAAACAAAAUCAAAAAUGAAGCAAGUAAAUGUAUUUUAAAGCAGCAAUUCUUCCAAAGGUCCUGUUUCAGAUACUUACUAAUGGCAUGAAUAUGGGCAAGUUAAUUAACUUUCCUGAGCCUCAAUUUCCUCAUUUUUAAGUGGGAAUAAUACUAUAAAUUAAACCAGAUUGUUAUGAAGUUUAAACGAGUUAACAUAUGUAAAGCAUUUUGCAUAUUUUCAAAUGAUACAUAAAUGCUAGCUAUUAUUUUUUCCAGAUUGAUUCUGUGCAUGGGGAAGAUAUACUUAUUAAAAUGUUCACAGUUUAACAUUA